CUCUGCCUGGCGCUGGCGGCCGCCGCAGGAGCCGCAGCUCUUGCCCCUGUUCUUUGCCUCUGGUUUUGUUGGUGAGGAUAUCACAGUGAUGUCUGCAUUCAACCUGCUGCAUUUGGUGACAAAGAGCCAGCCAGUGGCCCUUGGAGCCUGUGGGCUUCCCUCAGGGUCAUGUAGGGAUAAAAAGGACUGUAAGGUGGUCUUUUCCCAGGAGGAGCUGAGGAAGCGGCUGACACCCCUGCAGUACCAUGUCACUCAGGAGAAGGGGACCGAAAGUGCCUUUGAGGGGGAGUACACACACCAUAAAGCUCAAGGAAUAUACAAAUGUGUUGUUUGUGGAACUCCUUUAUUCAAGUCAGAAACAAAGUUUGACUCCAAUUCAGGUUGGCCUUCCUUUUAUGAUGUGAUCAGUCCUGAUGCAAUUAACUUCAACGAUGAUUUUUCCUAUGGGAUGCAUCGGAUUGAAAUAUCCUGCAGUCAGUGUGGUGCUCACCUGGGGCAUAUUUUUGAUGAUGGACCUCGCCCAACUGGCAAACGGUACUGCACAAACUCUGCUUCAUUGUCUUUCAAGCCAGCAGACAAGAACAAUGCUGGAGAAGGCAGCGGUAAUGCCAGUCCUGCCCAAACAGGCAAAGCUGAGCUGUAGGAUGAAGCAAAGCCUGCAGAAAACUGCAUUGAUCCCACACAGCUUACAAGGAAUGUUUUCUAGUUUUCAAGUUGUCUGCUCUCUUAUAUCCUAAGAAUGUUCAAAUGUAUGAAAGCAUUUUGCACCAUUCUUCUUCCUCCUCACCUUUUCAGAACUGAGGCCUUGCCUACCAGUGCAUUUACUGUAUAAUUGGAUUGCAAAAUUUAUUGACUGAGUCCACAGGUUUUCUUUUUUCUUCUUUUCUUUGAGAUUGUAUUGGGGAAUCUUUAAAUAGAGAGGCUUUGACAUUAUUUGUUAUUAGUUUUUUCUUAAUACUGUAUUACUCUAGGUUUACACACUUCGUUUUUGCGUGGGAAAUGGGACUUGUGUUUAUCUCCAGUCUGUAGGAAACUUCUGGGCAUAAGAAAAUCCUGAAUUCCUAGCAAUCUCUGCUUUGUUCUGACUUGUGAGGCAUGCAGCCUUUUUGGUUGAUAUAUGUGUUCAACCACCUCCCAGCAUCAGCCGCACCUUGCAAAAACUUGUAGUUAUGGCUGUUCCUUCCCAACUGAAAGAGAUGGAUGAGAUGUUGAAACCAUCUUUGGCUAAUUUACUGCCAAAAUUUCAAGGGUGUGGUUGAGA